CCAAAAGGGAAGCGGGGUCCUUCUCUAGGGCGGUCGCACAGGCAGCGGUUGUGUGAAGCCGGGCUCAGGCAAUAUGUACUACAAGUUUAGCGGUUUCACGCAGAAGUUGGCUGGAGCUUGGGCUUCGGAAGCCUAUAGUCCGCAGAUGGCCUUUGGCGACCCCUGUGAAAGGGACGUUUGCCCUCCCUCCAAAGAGGUUGUGACCUGCAGGUUGAGAACCGCUGCCACAGAGGAGCACUGCUUUCUAGCUUAUUCCUACCUCAUGGGGUUAAAGCCAGUGGUUUCCACAGAAGCACCGCCUAUCAUAUUCGCCACACCGACUAAGCUGACCUCCGCUGUGACGGCCUAUGACUAUGCAGGGAAGAACAAAGUUCCAGAGCUGCAGAAGUUCUUCCAGAAGGCUGACGGUGUGCCCAUCCACCUGAAACGAGGCCUUCCCGACCAAAUGCUUUACCGGACCACCAUGGCGCUGACUAUCGGAGGGACCAUCUACUGCCUGAUCGCCCUCUACAUGGCUUCACAGCCCAAAAACAAAUGAAUUAGCUUGCCGGGACUGGUUUACUUUGUGGCAUAAACCCUUUGAAUUUUCAGUUUUCUGAUUUUUUUCCCACUUGGAUGGUCUACUAACAUUUUUGCAAACAAAGGAAAAGAUAAAGAGCACAAGCGUUUCGGUUAUUUAUGAAAUGCAGACGGCCUCUCGGAUGUCAGACUCAUUGGACAGUUAAGACUGUCGUUUGAGGGAGUGACACUGAGCCAUAUUUGUGCUCCUGAUUUCCCUGGAGGCUCUGGAUGGAAGUAGCUCACUGCCUCAUUAAUGGCAGAGAGCCUGUGCUCAGGGCGUCUGGAACUCGAGGCUGUGUCUCAGCAGGAACUCCAGAAGCCUUUCUGGGUUAGGUGUGACUGAGGGAGGAAGACAGCGGCUGGAGAGGUCCGGCAUAUGAAAUGAGGGCUUCAAGUUAGUCUUCUGGGGGCUUUUCCACACCUUGUUGUGAGAUGUUAGUAGAAAUAUUUGCAGUCUGCCUGUUGUUGGGCAGUUUGUUUCCAAGGGUUAUUGCUGCACCCAGCCCCUUAAUGAAAUGUUAUUUCUCCAUCAUGGAAAAGAGAACACUUGUCAGUGUCGCGCUUUAGAUGGCUGGACCAGAAAUUCUUCAAUAAUGCUAUGGCUUUAAGUCAUGAUUUAUUUGACUGUGGAAUAAAUACAUGAAUAAUAA